UCUCCUUGUUGAAAGAUUGGAGCAGAGGGACAGGUCCUCCAUACGCCUCACAGUCGGAGUAGAGCUUUUAUGUUACGUUAUGUGAAGCACGAGCGUGCGGUUUCAAAUAUCAGAACUGUAAAGUAGGCUGUCUGUGUAAUUCUAAAACGAAAACCACCGUAAUCGUUGGCUAUAAACAAGACAGUAAGCGUAAUAAUCAUUAUAGUCAAAUCACGCAAAGUUGCUUUUUUUUAUCUAGUCGUAUAUAUUUUUUUUAAUAAUACACAAGCGUCGCCUACAGCGUGCUCUACUUUUGUUUGAAAGUUUCAACACCAAAACAAAAACGGGUUCAUUGGAAAGGGAACCGUAGUAAAUACUUACGGUUUUUUUAGGACACCGUUUGAGGAUGUUAUGAUUUAAGAAGCUUGUAUGAAGUACCACAAAAGGUGCCAGUCAGUGAAUUUGAAUGGAUAACCUUACCAUAGCACCGAUAGGUUCCUGCACCUACAAUGAGAACUUCAAGCAAAUUCUCCUUCCAGUCGUCUACAGCAUAGUCUUUAUAAUUGGACUCCCCUUAAACUUUACUGUCAUUGUUCAGAUAUGGCAGUCCCGAAAAUACCUGACCAGGACAACCAUCUACAUGCUGAACCUUGCAUUAGCGGACCUGCUUUACGUCUGUUCCCUUCCACUACUCAUCUACAACUACGCCCAGCAAGAUUACUGGCCUUUCGGGGAGUUCACCUGCAAGUUUGUCCGCUUCCAGUUCUACAGCAAUUUGCAUGGCAGCAUCAUGUUUCUUACCUGCAUCAGCUUCCAGAGGUAUAUGGGUAUCUGCCACCCUUUCACAACAUGGCACAAGACUGGUGGCAAGAAGUUUGCCUGGAUAAUCUGUGCCGUAAUCUGGUUUAUUGUUUUAGCCGUUUGCGCACCCACUUUUGAGUUUGCCACCACGGGGACCCAGCGAAACCGAACUGUGUGCUACGAUCUGAGUGAACCCUCUCGCUCCGCUCAGUAUUUCCCUUAUGGAAUGGCAUUGACAGUCAUUGGAUUUGUGAUCCCCUUUUUAGGAAUCAUAGUUUGCUACUGCUGCAUGACCAGGAUCCUAUGCCAAAAGAACGAAAUGACCGGUACAGUGGUUCGGGAGAAAAAGGACAAAGCAAUCCGGAUUAUCAUAAUCGUGGUGGUGGUCUUUGCUAUCAGCUUUUUCCCCUUCCACUUGACCAAGACUAUGUAUCUGAUCAUCCGGGCUAUAGGAGGAGUGGCCUGUGAAGUGCGUGAAAGGUUUGCCAUCAUUUACAAGUGCACCAGACCCUUUGCGAGCAUGAACAGUGUUCUUGAUCCAAUCCUGUUUUAUUUCAUACAGCCUAAAUUCAGGCAUAGCACCAAAUCAUUGCUGGAGAAGAUGAAUACCAAGAGAGAAAAGACAUGAGCCAAAUUGGCCUUCAGUAAAAGAGCCCACUAGGCACCUGUUCAAAACUGUUAGUUUGUGGUGGAGCAGAGAUCCUAAUUAGCAUGUUGAAUGUUGGAACGGCAUGUUUAAGUAGUUGUACUACUAGGUUUAAAUACAAAAUUGUGCCAGUUUAUUUAUGAAGAAUAUUGCACUAACACACAAUUACAGAAUUACUAAUUGUUCUUCCUGAAUAAUGAAUAAUCUAGAUCCAAUCUGCUAGUGUCCCGCUAUAUAACCAAGGAAAAAACUAACCAAAAAUGUAUUGAAAGAAAAAUAAAGAAUGUAAGUUUCUUGGCCAGAUGACAAUUCAAUUACAGAAAUGAUGUUCCUAUUUUCUAAAAAAAAUGUAGCAUGUAGGUCAUUAAUCUGGGCAGGUUUCAUUUUAUGAAGAAUAUCGUAGGCUAUUGUUAUCCAUGGAACAUUUUAGCCUAUAGAGAUGUUUUAUCACCAUUGCUGAGAAUAAUAGUAUGAUAUUGACUACAAACAUAUUGUCAAAGGCGGGCUUGUCUAGCCUGGCCUCUUCAUCUGAUUCAUCACUAAACACCCACCAGCACUUGCUAAUGCGCCAGUCGAGACAGGCUGAAUCCCAACUGGGGAAGUAAAACAAGUUGGGUAAGAGACAGUGGGAGAGGAAACAUGAGGUGAAUCCAUACCACGCUGCUUAGGUCGAAUAAGCAAACUAUUUUUCUGAAAUUAUGUUGUAAAAUCAGUCUUGGCAUAUGUAAUUUGGCACAUGUAAGCAUUUUUAAAGGUAAAAAAAAAAAGUGGUCCGAUACCAUUUGUAACGAAUUAUAGCAUACUAAUUGAACUGCUUAUUAUUCCAUGUUAUAUGUUAUUAAUAAUCAUGUAUUACUGUUUCAGAGCUUGUGGAUAUUUGACGUGUUUAUUAAAAUCCCAAUCUUAUUUUACUGGACUGUCUCUGUGCAAGCCUUAGCAAGGUGGAAUUUCUGUAAGUAGGCCAGUACAAACCUUGCCAAUAGAGAUGUGCAGCAGAAACUUCUUGUUGCACCUUUGUUUAAUGUCCUCAAGUGCAGAAACAGGCAUACGUGAGGUAUAAGAACACAUAGUGUGGGAUAAUAAACCGACAAUGUAUUGUUCUACAUAUUCAAGAUAUAAAGUUUUAAAGGUUGAAUCUAGAAACCUUGCACCUGUGAUCCCACCUGAAAUGUGAAAACCUAGUUUGCUCUAAAAGCAUAUUGGCAGCUUAUGAAACCCAAGAUCCCAUAUGGAAUGAAUGCUUGUGCCUACAGGAGCUAUUCUGACACAUCAUUAAUACUGUAUAUGUUUUCAUAAAUAUAUUAUACUGUAACUACUGCAGUAUGUGUAUAACAUAGAAAAGCCUUUGAAUAGCCUUACAAGUGUGAAAGGUGAUGUUUUUAAUAUUUCAGAAGGAGAAAAAUACUUGUUCAAACAACAUACAAUUGUUCCUUGGGGAUAUUUCUGAAGUACAGUAUAUCCAGUACAAUUUCCAUUCUGUCUGUAGGGAGAGAUUGUAUCAGUGGGAAGAGUAUCCAACAAGCCUUUUAAGUUGGGCAACUUUAACUUCAUCUAACAGCAGGAUAUGUGAACAUUAUAAUAUUAUUUCAAGUAUUUCACCCUUUAAGCUGAACUGUUUACCUUUAGUAUAUGUCAUUUUAGUAUAUUCAGCAACACCUUGUGGCAAAAUAUUGUCACAGUUUUAUGGCUUAUAUAUUUGCUUUUGAUAACGUUACUUUUUACACAUUGAAUGCCAAUCAUAUGUAAAUAAAUAACCAAGGAGUCCCACAUCAGAGCAGUUUGAGCCGUUCCAGAAUUUCUUGUGAGAAUUAAUUGUAAGUUGGCUGUAAUGAAGGUGUAUGCUGUGUCUAAUGAAGCCAUUUAAAGCUGAAAUAGGAGUCUUAAAUUAAAACUAACAUUUAUCACUUAAAUGUUUGUGAAGUGUGACAGAACAAAUGUUUUCCCAUUUUGUAUGUAAAAAAAAAAAAAAUUAUGAUUUUAGAAGUUUAAAUGUAGAAAUCGGUUGUUUAACAAAAGCAGCUCUAACUGAAUGUAGUACAGUAUUACUAACUUAUUCUGAGGGAAGAGUGAUGUUUGCUUUACAUUGUCAAAAUCAAAAAAGAAAUAUGAGGUUCUUUGUGUUCUAAAUAAAUAAGAGAGUGCUUUAUGCUGUUGUUUUUCUUUGUAUUUAUAUUUGUUUAUUGUGUGUGUCUAUGUAAAGACAUACACAAAUAUACUGUCAAUUAUGGGUUGACCGGUCUUUAAACAGAACAAAACAGACUUUUGCCACAUUCAGAUCUCACAAUUGUAGUGGUUUCCCAAAUAUUAAUUUUACUACGCUUCCAGUUCAGAAUGACAGUGUAGGACACUUCAUUCUUCCACAAAACCGGUUUCUGGAAUGGUGACUACUAAGACUGGUACAAUAUUCAAUUUAACAUGCUUUGCAGUCGCCAUUGCAGAAACGGUCACCAUUGCGUUGUAAAAUGAAGUGUCUUACACAGUAAUAGGUUACAUUAUUUAUAGUGUGUGUAUUUAUUAUUAUUAUUAUUAUUAUUAUAUAUAACAAUUCUGUACCCCUAAAGAGCAUCUUGGUUAAAUAGGAUGGUGUUUAAUCAUGUUUGGUUCUUGCAGUAUGACAUUUCUUACAAGUGUAUUUUAAUAGGGUGCACUAAGCCACCUGGUGGUUAAGUGUGGUAAAUGCAGUUUUCCUUCUAAAGAAAGGUCUACUGAAUUUUUUGUAUAAUCCCUAAUACUAAGAUUCUGUUUUUGAUUUGUUAAUUAAGAUGUUUUUCCCUGAUAUAAUUUUCUCACAGUUUUAAAUUAACCUCACUGGGUAGGUUCUAGAAAUUACGAAUUUACUUAGGCAUGCCUGGGGAUACUCCUCCACAAUCAUUAUGCUCACCACCCCUCAAGAAAAAAACAAUUGUCGGUAGCCGAUCAAUAUAAUCAAAAGCAUUUUCCAAGUUCUCUAACCUCCAUUUUCACUGUCCUUCUGGGCAUUAUUUAUAAGUGGCAUCCCUCCUUAAGCAUGCAGUACCAUGAAAGAAAAUAAGUGAUUAUGUUAGUAAUAUAUAACGCUAGGCCCAGAGCAAAACUGAUUACUACCAUUACCAUGUAUUAUAGCAGUAGCAUAAAAUUGGAGAUGUUUUGUUUUAGUCCCCACUGAGGAUGUUUAAGCAAUAGCAAAGGUUAUUGAGAGUAUCAGAAUGUGAGGAUAUAAGCGAUUUUUGCAUAGGUUCUAUCUAGAGAACCGCUUAUCCAGUUGUGGUGAAGUUAUUAUGAGAUACCUGUCUGUCAUAUCACAAAUUGACAUGUACAGUAUAUAUGAUUGAUGUAGGUCAUGGAGAUUUACUUUAUGAUACUGUGUUUCAGCUUUUUUAUUCAUUUACGUACUUGUUGUUAUCUCUAUUUUGUGGAAAGUAUUUACUGUUUUACAUUAUUUUCUGUACAACUGUAGAUGGAAAUGUGUAUUUUUUUUAAAUGUUUACUUGUAAAAGGAAAAUAAAAAAUAAUGGAAAAUCCAAAAAGAAAA